GUUAAAACAACAAAAACAACAACAGAUUUUGAUUUCGAUCUCAUGCAUGAUGGAAGGUUGGAUUGGUAACACUGACAUUGAGAUUCAAAAUACGACUACAAUAUCUCCAACAACCUUAUCUCCAAAUAUGACAACUUUAUCAUCACUUGUGACUACAAUAUCUCCAAAUAUAACAACUUUAUUUCCAAAUGUGACAACCAUUCCUCCUGACUGUGACACAUCACCAGCUUUUGUGGGAUACAUAGCUGCUGCUGUUGCUGUCCUUUGCUAUGGAACCAACUUUGCCCCUGUGAAGAAGUUUGAAACUGGAGAUGGAAUGUUUUUCCAGUGGAUUGUAUGCAGUGCCAUUCUGCUUUCUGGCAUGGUUUUACAAAUAGUUAGACAAAGCACAUUUUACCCAAUAGUAAUGGUGGGAGGAGUCCUCUGGGAAACAGGUAACAUCAUGGUUGUUCCCAUCAUCAAAACUAUUGGACUAGGCCUGGGACUGUGUAUCUGGGGCAUGGUCAACCUCCUCAGUGGUUGGGCCACAGGAAGGUUUGGUUUAUUUGGUAUUGACAAAGAGGUUCCAGACGAUCCCACCAUGAACUAUGUUGGUGUAGCAGUGGCAGUUUCCAGUGCUGUGGUGUUUUCCUUUGUGAAGAGCACAGUAAAGGCCCCAACUGAUGGUGACCAGGCCGACCAAGAGCAGGAAGCUGAUGCCUUAAUAUCAAGUACAUUCGGUAACCCAAAUGAUUCCUUGUACUCGACAGCAAGUGGACAGGAGGAUUUACUGUUUAAUAGACCUGCAAAGUCCAUAAAUGGUUUUGGCAAUGAGUCUCGUGAUGGUACCUUCCUUGACCGACUUUCCCCAAACAUGAAGAGAUUUGUGGGUAUUUUACUAUCAGUUAUAUCAGGACUUCUGUAUGGACAGAUCUUCACACCGUCCCUGUAUGUCCAAAGUGACAGUCAAACUUAUCCUUCAGCUAGUAAAAACGGUCUGGAUUACGUAUUUGCCUGUUUCUGUGGGAUCUACUUAUCCAGUACUGUGUAUUUCUGUAUAUACGCCCUAAUCAGGAAGAACCAGCCUCGUGUGUAUCCUCGCGUCAUUGUACCAGGAAUCAUCUCGGGCAUUAUGUGGGCAGCAGCCACAGCCUCCUGGUUCCUCGCCAACAGGAUCCUGUCAGAACCAGUAGCUUUCCCUAUCAUUACCACACUUCCCUCUGUGGUGGCCUCAAUUCUCGGCAUCUUCGUCUUUAAGGAAAUCAGGGGAAAAAGAAAUAUACUAAUAUUACUGCUUGGAUUUUGUAUGGCUGGGUCUGGUGCAGUGUUAGCAGGAUUAUCAAAACACGGUAACAAGUGUCAUCCCUAACACAAGACUUAACAAUAAAAAGCAAAAGUUAACAUAUGUGGUGUUUGCUAGACCUCUCACAUUAUGUACAAAAUGCAGUGGUCGAUUCUGCCGUAAACAAGUGUCCUCUCAAAUCACAACAGGCAAUGACCUGAAGAAAAAGGUAGCAAAAUAUGGAAUGUAUUCAUUGUGUCGGUGUGAAUGAGAGAAAGUGUCUCGUCUAACAUGAGACAUUUCAACACAGUAAUCAUUACUACUGUGAAUACAUGGAAUAGGAAACAUUUCCAUCACAAAUACGAGGAGCAUCUUUUCAAACAUUGCAAGCUACAAGUCAAGGAACCACGGAAAGUAAACCCAAUAUACAUGAGACACUGUAGUGAAUGGAUGGUAGUGGCUUAUAACAAACUAAAAAUGACUGAAGAAUAUGACGAGAUGUCACAAACUGCAGCAGUGAUUGUUGCGACCAUGCAAAUAUUAAGUGUAAAGUCUGAUGGAGCACAUACAGAAAUUAUACAUCUGUGAUAUUGACAUGGAGUGUCGUUGAUCCCCGGUGUGAUGGUAGAUCUGAGAAAUCACUGUUGUUUUGAUAAUGUUUUGUAUGAGAUUUCAUGACGCAUGAAUGUAUAUCGAGUAUGACACAUAUGUACAUACAUGUAUGUAGGAAACCUAUGAAACAUGCUGGUCCUGAUUUUAUUCUAGAUCUUAACUGAACUUUUUAUAAUUUUUCAGUUGUAAAAGAACAAAACUAGGUAUGAAAAUAAACCUUAACCAUUAUUGUCUCAAUAAUCUGUUUAAAUACUCCGACUAUAAUGAAACCUGUGGUGUAGGGCUGUGUUAAUCUUGGUAAUGUUCAACUUGUUUUAAUCUUCAACUCAAGUACAGGAUCACUGCUGACAAAAGGAUUUUAAAGUUCAAUUAUAAUUUAUUUGAAUUGUAACAUUUCGUAAAAAUGGUAAUAUGGAUUGGGGCCACUCUGCAUUUUGAAGUGUACCUGUAGGAUGUCAUCAUGUCAAUUUCUUCAUGCCUAGCUACUGAUCUUCAUAUCAGAAACAUGUGAGGAUAAACUAUUAUAAAGGAAGAAACCUAAUAUGUUGUCCAAGUCUCUGCAGACAUUGUCAGUGAAGGAAUUCGGGUGAAUGUAACUAUCACACAUUUCUCUUCUAUUUCAUUGUAAUGAUAAUACAGAACCAAUAGGUGUUAUUUAGAAAUCACUGUUACACAUUUACAUUUCCAUACAUGUAUGGGACGUAGAGUGACGUCACCAAUAGACACCAUCAUAUUGCCAAAGAUCGGACUACCCGACGUUGUGUUAUGACGACAUUGUAAUUUUUAUAUUGACUUUUAUCUUAGUUUUUGUGACAAACUUAUAUCUUACUUUUAUAUACAUUACAAGCAUUGAUGAUUACCUCAUUACGUUAAUCUCCUCACUGAACCUCUUGUGAAUCUUUUCUUACAAUAUUCUGUUCAUAAGCUAUACAAUAUACAGUAUCUGUGAAAUAUGUAAAUAUGUUUUUUUCAUUGGCAUUUUUAAUUUGGUUUUUUUACAAUAAACACUUUCUUUGACAAA